AUGCCUACCAGUGCACAUCAAUGCCACAUAUCAGUGCCGCCUAACAGUGCCAUCAGUGCCUCCUCAUCAGUGCCCAUCAGUGCAGCCUAUCAGUGCCCAUCACAGCAGCCUCAUUAGCACACAUCAAUGAAGGAGAAAAAUCACUUAUUUACAACAUUUUAUAACAAAAAAUAAGAAAAACAUUUUUUUUUUUCAAAAUUUUCAGUGGUUUUUGGUUUAAGAAAAAAUAAAAAACCCAGAGGUGAUUAA